AUGUCGAAACCUUCAUCCGAAGCGGUGGAAACAUACCUGGAUAGCAAAAAUGAGUAUGAAGCCACUGCAAGAAUACGAUACAUUGUCGCACUAGUGAACGAAACAGAGAAAGACAAAACCCGAAAGUGGCUCGAGGCGAAGGAAGCCCAGAAAGACGGACCCAAGCUUCACAGAUCCGGAAGGGUACUACCAAUCAUGGGGAUGACUUCAUCAAUCAAAUUCCGAAAAUACUUCUGCCUACUCCCAAACAAGGAAACUGCAAAGAAGCAACUCAAGCAACUUCACAUGGGAAAGAACACUUCUACGCAGAAGCCACCGGAAGCCGCCGGAUACGGCGAUGAAUGGGCCCUGGAUCAAUACAAGGGUGGGUUAAAUCCUGAACUCCGACUAAGAGUCGCCACCCAAUUCACUGCCAGGCCUGCGGAACAAAAGAAAGUUCCACCCACUCUCCAAGAAUAG